AUGGCCUCGUCGCGUAAGACUAAGAAAGUCAUUGUGGUCGGAGGAGGAGGCACGAUGGGCUCUUCUACAGCACUGCAUCUCCUACGCGCCGGAUAUACGCCUUCCAACAUCACCGUGCUCGAUACAUACCCAAUCCCUUCGGCGCAAUCGGCGGGGUAUGAUCUGAAUAAAAUCAUGGGCAUCCGAUUGCGCAAUGCGCCAGAUAUUCAACUCUCACUCGAGGCUCUUGAUAUGUGGACCAAUGAUCCAUUGUUCAAGCCCUUCUUUCACAAGGUUGGGAUGAUCGACUGCUCAUCUUCGGACGAUGGUAUUGCAGGCCUUCGAAGAAAGUAUCAAUCACUUUUGGACGCGAAUAUUGGGCUGGAGAAGACGAAUUGGUUGCUGGAUAGCGAAGAGGACAUCUUGGAAAAAGUUCCAGCGUUUACAAAAGAGCAGGUUCAGGGGUGGAAAGGCUUGUUCUGUGGGGAUGGGGGCUGGCUCGCCGCAGCCAAGGCUAUCAAUGCGAUCGGACACUUCCUCAAAGACCAAGGGGUUAAGUCUGGAUUUGGAAAAUCCGGCACCUUUAAGCAACCACUUCUUGCGGCAGACGGCAUCACGGUUACCGGUGUUGAGACGGUUGAUGGCACAAAGUACUAUGCCGACAAGGUUGUUUUGGCUGCUGGUGCUUGGAGCCCAACAUUGGUAGACUUGGAAGAUCAGUGUGUCUCGAAGGCUUGGGUCUUCGCUCACAUACAACUCACACCCGAGGAAGUGGCAGCAUACAAGAACACACCCGUGGUGUACGAUGGUGAAUAUGGAUUUUUCUUCGAGCCCAAUGAACACGGCGUGAUCAAAGUCUGCGAUGAGUUCCCAGGAUUUUCUCGCUUCAAACAGCACCAACCGUUUGGUGCUACAUCUCCCAAACUCAUAUCCGUUCCUCGAUCACACGCCAAGCAUCCCACCGAUACCUAUCCUGACGCCUCUGAGCAAACCAUCCGCAAGGCAAUCGAUAGGUUCUUGCCCCAGUUCAAGCACAAAGAGCUUUUCAACCGGUCUAUGUGCUGGUGCACCGAUACCGCCGAUGCGAGUUUGUUGAUUUGCGAACAUCCACGGUGGAAAAAUCUCCUCCUCGCCACGGGUGACAGUGGUCACAGUUUCAAGCUCCUACCGAACAUUGGAAAGCAUGUUGUUGAGCUCAUAGAGGGAUCACUCUCAUCCGAGUUGGCGGAUGCGUGGCGGUGGAGACCUGGGGGUGAUGCGCUCAAGUCUAGACGAGGUGCCCCGGCGAAGGACCUGGCCGAUAUGCCGGGUUGGAGACAUGAUGCGAAGAUCUGA